AUGGACGGAUCGGACACUGCAACAGUGGCUUCGGAUGAAAUUCCCAUUGUAACCCCCUCACCCGAGUCGUUGCUGCAAUGCCGUCUAUGCAACCUGUCCUUCGACACGCCUGGGGAUAAACGACAACAUGCAAAAAGUGAAUGGCAUGUUUAUCAAAUUCGUUGUCGGGUAGCAGAACCGGGAACCGUGGUGUCCCCUCCCGACGUAAAGUCUGGAACGAGACACUCCGACAGGCGGCUGAAACGUCGUCAAAAGCAAGGUUUCGAACCGGGUGAACUUUCCGAGCAGAGUGGUCCCAGUGAUGUUUUGGAGGAAAAUGGCGACAACGAUAUCGAUGCCGAAUUUUCGGAAAACGAUUCCCUGUCAGAAGACGAUAACGAGGUCGAAUUUAUCCCCGAGGAGUGCUUAUUCUGCGACAGCUCCAGCGAAGACUUUGCCUCCAACGUAUCUCACAUGCACCAGGCCCACAGUCUAUUGAUUCCCUUUCAGUCGUCGCUUGUAGUCGAUCUUCAAACCGUGAUCUGGUUUCUCCACAUGGUUAUCUUCCGGUACCGGGAAUGCAUCUGCUGUGGUCGGCGCCGGCGGACAGUGGAAGCGAUACAGCAGCACAUGACCACGAAGGGGCACUGUCGUGUGGAGGUGACAGAGGAGACGCGCGGAUUUUACCAUCCCGAGCUUUCCCAACACGUGGACCUACGUGACAAGGCGGCAGGCUUGGGAUCCGCAGUCCAUCAUCAAGAAGACGGGACCCUCCGCCUUCCGUCAGGCAAGAUCCUCUCGCAUCGAAACAGCCAUAUCGAUACCACUAUUUCCCGAAGACAGCCCAAACCACCCGCCCAUCCCGACACUUCCACCUCGCUCCCAGAGCCAACUCCCCAUGCCGACAACAACAGCCAGUCCAACCCGUCCGACGGCGGGGUCACCACCACUACACUCCAACCGCCUCAGACACAGCUUCAAACUCAACUUGGACGGCUUCGUGCCGGCGACCAACUCAGCCUAGCCCAUCUGUCGGAGGCUCAGCAGCGGUCCGUGUUGGUAGCCCGGCGGAAGGGCGUGGACGAGGCACGGCGAGUAGAGCGUCGGAGCCGGGGACGGGCGGAUGCGGUUGGGAAUAAGGUGGCGGUGCAUACGAAGUAUUAUAAGCAGGAGGUGCCUGUUUAUAUGGGGGGUUGA